AUGCCGCCAAAAUCGGGCCACCAGCGCGCGAAGAACGUGGAUUACGAAGAGGAGGAUGUGUAUAGUGAUGAGUACGACGAGGGAGAGGAGCAAGGUGGUGACGGCAUGACGGACGAGGACCGCGAGCAAAUGCGGAUAGGCACGAUCAACGUCAGGGAAGCUCUGGACCCAAGCGUGAAGGUGACAGAUGCCCAGAUACAAGAGGCUUUAUGGCACUACUACUACGACGUGGGCAAAUCUGUAUCGUAUCUGAAGAACAAAUUCGCUCCUUCCCAGCCGAAGCCGGAAUCUCAGUCGAAGAAACAGAAGGCGGCUUCCCGGUUCGACCAGGCAGCAAACGCUGCGGGAACGAAGGUCCCCACUACUCCUGGUAAGCAAACUUUGAAGCAAGCACAAAAGUCAACCUGCAACGCACCGAGCCUGAGAGAGAUGGUGGGGGCACCUCGUCAGAGUAUGAGCGCAUCUUCAAUCCGCCUUAGAGCACUCCAUACGCCUUGCUCCGCGGACUACAUGUCGGCUAAGGCUACGACUUUCUUCUGGGAUACGCCUUGGGGCAAUGUACCACGCCACAGGCUUGGCCCAAUUACGGUAGAGCCUCGGUAUCUGGGUGGAGGCUUGCUGGGAGGCUCAUCAAAGUUGGCUGCGCUGGCCGCAAAGCGAAAGCAGAAGCAGGAGGAGGCAGCAUCGGCAGCGAAAGCGGGCGAUACAAAAGCAGAGACAGACAAAGCCGUCGCGCUUCUGGACAAGCUUAGCGUCAAGGGAAAAGACCCUACGCCAUUCAUUCGGGGCGGAGUCUGCGAACCCCAGCGGAGGCCUGUCCAGAGGUACCCCGCCAGGAAGCGAUCACCAUCUCCUCCUCCCGCUGAGCCCGAAGUUGAAGAAGCUUCACUGGAGCCUGCACAGCCGGCCAUCGAGUUUCUGGAUCUGCGGGCCAAGCCAUCUAUGUUCGCUUCGACUCUCUGCGGAACCGAAGAUCAGGUUCGAAAGCGACAGAAGCUUGAAGUUUCAUCCUUUCCACUCCCGUACACCACAUUCCAAGGAUAUAGCGAGGCCAAGCCAUUUGCGGGCCCCAGUCCCGAUGACAUCGUUCUCCGGGCUCAGGCGCGAGGUGCGGGGCAUGGGACGAAGGCCAAACCCGCCCACCACAAGAAAGCCACUGGAGAGAAGCUAGCGGAUUCUGUCGAGAAAUUGACGGUAGAAGAGACACCGAAGGUUAAGAGUAAGAAUUUGAAUGUAGUUGAGGAGUUUGAGAAGAGCGGCAUGAAGAGAAUGGCCAACUUUGUGGUCAUUGGCCAUGUCGACCACGGCAAGAGUACGCUAAUGGGCAGGCUUCUCUACGAUCUGAAAGUCAUCGAUCAGCGCUCCGUGGACAAGCUGCGAAAAGAGGCGGAAACUAUCGGCAAGUCAUCAUUCGCUCUUGCAUGGGUUAUGGAUCAGACAAGCGAAGAAAGAAGUCGAGGAGUCACUGUCGAUAUCGCUACCAACCACUUCGAGACCGAGAAGACGCGCUUCACGAUACUAGACGCGCCAGGUCACAAGGACUUCAUACCGAACAUGAUCGCCGGGGCGUCUCAAGCAGACUUUGCCGUACUUGUCAUAGACGCGGGCACGAACAGUUUCGAAUCAGGCUUGAAGGGGCAGACCAAGGAGCAUGCCCUUUUGGUUCGAAGCAUGGGUGUCCAGCGUCUUAUCGUGGCCGUCAACAAGAUGGAUACCGUAUCAUGGAGCCAGGAGCGUUUCGAAGAGAUAUCGCAGCAGAUGGCCGCUUUCUUGACCGCAGCCAGCUUCUCAGCCAAGAGCAUCACCUUCAUUCCCUGCGCCGGUCUAACCGGCGAGAACGUCACUCGAAAAGCCGCCGACCCUCAGGCGGAUUGGUACACAGGCGAGACCCUCAUCGAAGCGCUCGACUCCUCCGAGCCCGCGAAGCGCAACGUCUCGAAGCCCCUGCGUCUCACAAUCAGCGACGUCUUCCGCGGCGGCAUCACGAACCCGAUCAGCAUCUCCGGCCGCAUAGACGCCGGUUCCCUGCAAGUCGGCGACACCAUCCUCGCCAUGCCCUCCGCCGAACCCGCAACCAUCAAAGCCAUCGAGGUGGAAAACGAGCCCGUAGACUGGGCAGUCGCGGGCCAGAUCCCCGUCCUCCAUCUCGCGGACAUCGAUCCCGUGCAUCUGCGUCUCGGCGACAUCGUGUGCGACCCGAAGAACCCGGUCAAGCUGGUCGGGGAGUUUACGUGCAAGAUCCUCGCGUUCGAGCAUGUGCUCCCCAUGGCUGUCGAUGUGUUCAGGGGACGCCUGCAGGCGGAGGGCAAGGUUACGCGCCUGGUUGCUACGCUGAAUAAGGCGAGUGGCGAGGUCGUCAAGAAGCAUCCGCGGAUCGUGAAGCCGGCGGAGGUGGCGCGCGUCGUGGUGCAGCUGGAGAGGGAACUACCGCUGGAAGCAGGGACGAGAGUGGUGCUGCGGGAGGGCGGGAACACAGUGGCGGCUGGAUUACUCGAGAGCUGA